CAAGUGUGCCGCUCUAGUAAUCACGGUGUGAUUUCCAAAUCGCGCCGGACAUUCCAGUCUGCAGGGGCCUGUCAUAGACUUUAGCUUGCUGCAACACACGCAGUCGCUGGCCACCAGAAGCUUGUAUAGAAGGCCCACGGUGCACAGUCUUCCAACCAACAACAGGGUUAACCUUGCAACAUAUCUUUGGCUUUCUCUGGUGCUGUGCUCAGUUCCCAGGCAGCCAUCAACGAGCUUCGGACAAGCUAGAGCGCAGCCUGGCUUGGCGCUGUAAUCUACACGAGUGAAGCUUGCAACAAUGGCGUCUCUGCAGCUGCCUGCUCGGACUGGCCUGCGGCUAGGCCAGAGCCAACAGACUGUGGUUCGCCCCGUCGUCCGCCCACUGGGCGUGGUUCAGCAACGGCGAGCGGUCAUCACGUGCGCUGGAAACGACCGCGACGUUUCCACUCGCGUGGCGGAGGUGGUGGCGCCUACCACGACGUUGGGCGACGCGGCCGCCGCGGCUGCCAAUGACGCGGUUCGCUGGGCCCAGAUGUCCUACAGCCAGCAAUAUGAUGAGCUGUACAAGAACAAGCCCAUCAACCCCAAAAAGGUUGUGCCCAAGCCAAGCAAGACCGCUCAGAUGGAGGAGCCUGGUGUCGGCCGCGUGUUCUUGUCGGAUGUGGCCACAAAGGGCAAGCGGCCCUCGUUCCUCAACCGCGACUGGAACUCCACGGACAAGGCGUUCCUGGCCUUCAUCGGCGGCAUGCACCUGCUGGCCUGCUGCGCGCCCUUCACCUACUCGCCUCAGAUGGUGGCGCUCUUCCUGGCCUCCUACUUCGUGACCGGCUGCCUAGGCAUCACGCUCUCCUACCACCGCAUGCUCAGCCACAAGUCCUUCACCGUGCCCAAGUGGCUGGAGUACAUCCUGGCGUACUGCGGCGUGCUGGCCGUGCAGGGCGACCCCCUGGAGUGGAGCAGCAGCCACCGCUACCACCACCUGCACACCGACACCCCGCUGGACCCCCACUCACCCUACGAGGGCUUCUGGUGGUGCCACAUGGGCUGGCUGCUGGACAACAAUGCCACCAUGGAGCGGGUGUCGAACCGCUCCAACGCGGACGACCUGGAGAGCCAGUGGUACUACCGCUGGCUGCGCGACACCUACCCCUUCCAUGUGGCUGCUCAGCUGGCCGUGCUGUUCCUGGUCGGUGGCUUCCCCGCCGUCGUCUGGGGUGGCGCGCUGCGCAUGUGCUGGGUGUGGCACAUCACGUGGUUCGUGAACUCGGCCUCGCACUGCUGGGGCUACCAGGACUACAACACCGGCGACCUGUCGAAGAACAACUGGUGGGUGGGCAUCCUGGCCUUUGGCGAGGGCUGGCACAACAACCACCACGCCUUCGAGUUCUCUGCGCGCCACGGCUUCGAGUGGUGGCAGGUGGACAUGACCUGGUACAUCAUCCUGGCUCUCCAGAAGGUGGGCCUGGCCACCAACGUGAAGCUGCCCACGGAGCGCCAGAAGGCCAAGCUGGCCUUCAAGAAGCCCGCCGAGGCGGCUGCAUAAGCGGCCUGGCCGCCACCAUGGCCCACUGCGGUUCGCGCUCGUCGCGUUUCGUGGGCUAGGCACCUGCUGACCUGCGUCCAGGUUGGCGGCGCUGCGCGCUGUCGGCAGCUUGUUGAUCGGUCGGCUGGCACUGCCAGCAGCUAGCGGCGCAGCAGCGCGUAGAGAGGAGCGGACACCACUGCGUCUGCAGUGUUUAGCUGACCCGGCGCACAGCAGGAGAGUUGGCGGUGAACUUCAUAUACUUGUUGUUCCUUGGUUCCAACGGCAGGCAGUGGUGUGGCGAUUACGGAUACAUCCAUCAACUCCGGACACGUGCAGCCCCAUCCACAACACGUCGGGAGAGUGCACGGGUUGUGAGAGAGGCAGACAGCACGCAUUAGAAUGACCCACAGCGUUGACCGUGACCCAAUGGCCGGGUUCUGGCGCCCUGACAGUCCUCAGAGAGCCAGGAUGGCCUGGCAAGCGCUGUGCCGUGACCGGCCAAGGCAACGGUCUUGCAGACCAGCAGACUGAGACUCUUUGAUAUGUGCAAGUAUCAAGUUGGUCGUGGUUUUUCCUAAAUAUUUUGUCAUGCUGUGCUAGCGUGUGCGUGGUACGUGGUUGCAGCGCAUUGCGGGAGUAGGCUGGCGGGCCUUAUAAAGAAAUGGCAAGCGGAUGUCCGGCCCUGGUUGGGACGGCCAUGUGUUUGCCCCCACAGGCUGGGGAUUGCAGCGCGGCGUGGCGUGGUGAGGCUGAUGUCGUGCGUAGUGUGAACGUGCACGUUUGUGUGUUGGUUGGUCGUGUGAGCCUAGAAGCUGUAGAGGGAUAGACUAGCAGGAGCGAGAGACAUGAGACUACUGGGGUCCAGACCAUCGCAAGCCGCGCGCCAGGGACUGCAGCCCGUACCGGUCUGCACCCCAGAGGCGGCUGUGAAGGUGAGGGGAUAAGGCGAGAAGGAUCUAAGAGCACGGGACGAUAGCAUAAAAGGAAACAGAGAUAGCGGAGGGUGUUCGUCUGUUGUGCGACCCUGAUGAUCCUUGGAGUCCCCAGAUGAUGUGUGUUGAAGAUUGGAAUUGCAGUUUGUGUGGAAGAUCUGUGCAGAGUCCUGUGUGCGUCGCCCGCAGUUUUGGUAUCGCUGCGUGCCUGCAGCUGCUCGGCCCAACGCGCCACGCACGUGAGUGCGAUGGCUCGUGAGGUAAACGAGUGCUGCUACUGGUGUGGCGCAAGCGCCAGUGGGCGGCGGAUGGUGUGAAGAAGUUGGGCACGCUGCAUGAAGAAUGCUGGAAUGAGUGGAAUGGGGCCAGUGCCCCCCGUGGUCCCGGUGCCUGUGAUGCAUUUCGUUGGCUGCGUUGUAUCAGUUUUAUUGAGGCCUGAGAGGUGAUGGUGGCCAUCGAGGAAUGAGGUGCUUGCCUCAAGUCCUCAUGUAGGAGUGCGACAGUUUAGGUGCUCCUUGGCGACUCCGAGGGUAUUGGCAGGGGGCCCUGGACCUUCCAGGUGCUUUGUGUGGGCCUGUCACCUGAACUUGUAACGCGUCACUGGGUGGUC